CUAUAAAGGCUGAUAGCCUGGACAGUGAGCCACACAGCAGCAAGUCCAGCUUGAGUGCUUCACCUCAAACAGACCCUCUGUACAUCCAGCCAGUCUAGUAUAACAGAACAGCCAGAAUGACCGCCUCUCGCUUCAUCAUUUUCUCCGCAGUGGUGGUGCUUCUGUGCGCAGUUAGCCUCAGUGAAGGUUUGCGUAUUGGGCCACAAAGAUGCUGUUUCACCUUUUCGGACCGUCCUGUGCCAACCAAAAGAGUGACUGAAUACAGCAUGACAAGCCAGCAGUGCCCCCAGGAAGCCGUUCUGUUCAAGACUGUGAAGGGUCAUUACGUGUGUGCCAGACCCACUGACUAUCUGUGUAAAUUCCUCACCAAUACAAACAAAAGAUGUAACAAAGUAACCCACUCUAACUAA